UUGGCAGGGGGAUGGGUUGCGCUGUGCGGUAGUGGUCCGGGGGGCUAAGCGGCGCCCGGGGUGUGUGAGGGAGGGAGCGGGUAGCGCUGCGGGGCAAACAGCGCAGGAUUCCUAGUAUCAACGUCUCCCCGUGUUGUGUCUGUGUACGACUGACGGGUCAUGGAGGGGCCCUCCCGGGAAGGUGACCUGCUCACUGUGACCCAUGAGCUCCGGAGCGCGAAUUUGACAGGACAUGAAGAGAAGGUUGGAAUCGAGAACUUUGAGCUCCUGAAGGUCCUGGGUACAGGAGCAUAUGGCAAAGUUUUCCUGGUGCGGAAAAUCAGCGGCCACGACUCCGGGAAGCUUUACGCGAUGAAAGUUCUAAAGAAGGCGACUAUAAUCCAAAAAGCCAAGACAGCGGAGCACACACGAACAGAGCGUCAGGUGCUGGAGCACAUCCGGCAGUCUCCAUUCCUCGUCACGCUCCAUUAUGCUUUCCAGACAGACACCAAACUUCAUCUCAUUUUGGAUUAUAUUAACGGAGGCGAGCUUUUUACGCAUUUAUCGCAGCGGGAGAAAUUCACGGAGAGUGAAGUACAAAUCUAUAUCGGGGAGAUUGUACUGGCCCUCGAGCACCUGCACAAGCUGGGAAUAAUUUAUCGGGAUAUCAAACUCGAAAACAUUCUCCUGGACUCCAGCGGCCACGUGGUCCUAACAGACUUUGGUCUGAGUAAGGAGUUUCUGUCGGAUGAGAAUGAAAGAACCUAUUCCUUUUGUGGGACCAUAGAAUAUAUGGCGCCCGAGAUCGUCAAAGGUGGAGAUUCUGGACACGACAAGGCUGUCGACUGGUGGAGUUUGGGGGUCUUGAUGUAUGAACUGCUAACAGGAGCGUCGCCUUUCACUGUAGAUGGAGAGAAAAAUUCACAAGCUGAAAUUUCUAAGAGAAUAUUAAAAAGCGACCCGCCCUAUCCUCAAGAAAUGAGCGAGCUGGUGAAAGAUCUUAUUAGAAGUCUAUUGAUGAAAGAUCCUAAAAAGCGCCUUGGCUGCGGUCCAGCUGGCUCCGAUGAAAUAAAGAAACAUCCUUUUUUCCAGACCCUGAAUUGGGAAGAUUUAGCAGCAAAGAAAGUCUCUGCUCCUUUUAAACCGGUCAUCAAGGACGAGCUGGACGUGGGCAAUUUUGCGGAAGAAUUUACAGAAAUGGAUCCCACUUACUCUCCAGCCGCUCUCCCCAUGAACGCUGACCGGAUAUUUCAGGGUUAUUCCUUUGUUGCUCCAUCCAUCCUAUUCAAGCCCAAUGCUGCCAUCGCAGAUACUGUCCAGUAUCACCUUGGAACGGAGCGCCCAGGAGUCACAAAUAUUGCAAGGAGUGCUAUGAUGAAGGACUCUCCUUUUUAUCAGCACUACGAGCUCGAUUUGAAGGAGAAGCCGUUGGGCGAGGGCAGUUUUUCCAUCUGUCGAAAAUGUUUGCACAAGAAAACCAACCAGGAGUACGCUGUGAAAAUAAUCAGCAAGCGAAUGGAGAGUAAUACCCAGAAAGAAAUAGCAGCAAUGAAGUUGUCUGACAGUCACCCCAAUAUAGUGAAGUUACAUGACGUUUACCAUGACCAGCUUCACACAUUCCUUGUGAUGGAAUUAUUGAAAGGAGGGGAAUUAUUUGAGCGUAUCAAGAAGAAGAAAUCUUUCAGCGAGUCUGAAGCCAGCUACAUUAUGCGAAAGCUGGUUUCAGCAGUCAGCCAUAUGCACGACGUGGGUGUUGUACACAGGGACCUGAAGCCGGAGAAUUUACUGUUCACGGAUGAAAGCGAUAACGCUGAAAUAAAAAUCAUAGAUUUUGGGUUUGCGCGUUUAAAGCCACCGGAUAACCAGCCCCUUAAAACUCCCUGCUUUACUCUGCAUUAUGCCGCACCAGAACUCUUGAACGCAAGUGGCUACGAUGAGUCAUGUGAUCUCUGGAGUCUAGGGGUCAUUUUAUAUACAAUGCUGUCGGGUCAGGUGCCUUUCCAGUGUCAUGAGAAGACUCUGAUGUGCGUCAGCGCUGAGGAAAUCAUGAAGAAGAUUAAGCAAGGCGACUUCUCUUUUGAAGGAGAAAGCUGGAAAAACGUUUCUGAGGAGGCGAAAGAAUUAAUACAAGGGCUUCUUACUGUAGAUCCAAAUAAAAGAAUCAAGAUGUCGACCCUGAGGUAUAACGAAUGGCUUCAGAAUGGCAGCCAGUUAUCUUCCAACCCACUCAUGACUCCAGAUGUCCUGGGCUCAGCUGGAGCAUCGGUGCACACUCAUGUGAAAGCCACAUUUCAUGCCUUCAACAAGUACAAGCGGGAAGGUUUCCUCCUCCAAAACGUGGACAAGGCUCCACUGGCCAAGCGGCGGAAGAUGAAAAAAAACAGCACAAGCACAGAGACCCGGAGCAGCUCCAGCGAGAGCUCCCACUCCUCCCAUGGUAAAACCUCUCCGACAAAGACUGUGCAGCCAGCCGGCCACAGCGACAGCAAUAACCCCGACACUAUCUUCCAGUUCACGGACUAGAGACACCCCAGAAGAGACCAGGAACGCGGCGGGGUGCCGUGCUGCAGAACGCCACUUGUGGGCUUGGAAGAAAUUAGCCAUUCAUAAGAACCAUUUGGUGCUGCAAGGGCUUAUGGGAGUUGGGGGAGGGGGGGGGUGCGAUAACUUUGGCAUGGAAGCACUAGCGAGUGAUGCUGUGAAUGCUCCCCUUUCCUUUCCUCUCCUGCCCAGGAAUGAGGAGUUUUAAGAUCUUGUAAGGGCUGCUGCGGACAAUCGCAUAUCUCGCCUUAAUUUACCCCGCGGCUGCUGGGAAGGCCUCCAUUUAUCACAAAAAAAAGGUUUGACCUGCCCGCUGAGAAUGAGUGGUCACCCUGGGGGUGGCUUUUAUUUGCGUAUAUGAAACAGCAGGCCUAUGCAACCUUUGGCUUUCCAGCAGCAACCGGGGGCAUGCUUAGACUUGUAGUUCAACAACCCUCCCCCCCUUUAAUAUUUUGUACUGUGAAUGGUGGCACUGUCUUUGUGCUUGGCCUGUCAUAGUCCUUCAUUUCAAGUAGAGCCCAAACUAACGAGUUUCCAGCCCGUAGCACUCAUUAUCCCCCUCUCCAGUUUUAAUCAGUUUUGUACAUGAUUAUUACGAGAACGCACUUGGACGCGGUUCAGGUGAACCCCGCAGGCGUCAGGCGGGGAGCAAUUAUUUUUUUAAUUGCUUUCUGUGAACUUUUAAGUGAAAUUUGCUCUGGCUUUUAGAACCUAAAGUCAAGAAACCGCAAUGUUUUAUUGGUCCGCUGGAGAGGUUUCCUCGCUUUUAUUGUUCGGAGCGUUUUCCACUGAGUUUUCUGCACUAGAUAUGGAAGUUCUUAUUGUGAGGGGGAGGGUUCAGGAUGUCGCCCCAUCCUUCCUCUUUUUAUACAUAGAUCAGACUUGAAGCUUUCUGUACUGUAGCGGGUGAGGGCAUCGGAGCAUCGGCUCAUGUCCUGCGACCCCCUGUUUGUGUAUCUUGUCCUAUCCGUGUCAUGUUUUAUGCAAUCAAUUGCAUUUUAUAGUCCACUCCUUAGGCUUGGCUUAGAGCCAUUCUGUGAGUCCUGGUUUUUUCGUAGCCUAGUCUUAGCGUUUUUCGGAAACGCUGUUUUUGUAAUUGAUACUGGAAGGGACUGCCUUGUGCUGUUUACUGUCGUUUUAACCUCAUCCUGGAUACGUUAGGGAUUUUGCAUACUGUGCACUUCUGCUUCUUUAUUGGGGCCUUCCUGAGGCCGAGAGGCAAGG